AUGGUACACUAUAUCCGCCUUCUGCGAACCCCGCAGACUGCUACUAGCAAGAAGGCGAUUGAUGUUUCAGCGGUGAUCGCGGUCACGACAGACUUGGGGGACGCUCUGUAUCCUGCAGACGUUUCCCUUCAUGUCGAAGUUGUAGAAGCCAACUACCCACAUGAUACCUUGUGUGCCACUUCAUUGGAGUGGAAGGCAACUUCCCGUGCCCUGAAAUUCACCGUGCAGUGCCCCAGCAAGUAUCUUUCGAGACCUGCUCUGUUACAUGUGACCACCAAGGAAACGACCGAUACUUUGAAAGCACUGCAUAUCCCCCAAAUCCUUGAUGUUUGGAGUGUUGAAUUCUCCUUGUCUGACAAACAGCGGACUGAGCCAGUCGUGGAGCGACGACUAUGGCUAGGUAAUAAGUCCUGUGUUAGGAUGACGGAAGAGACUGGUGAUAGCAUUGCCCGCCAUAUUUGGUUUGUGAAUAUCUUCGCGAGCAAAUAUAAUCCCGCUGACUUGUCCAGGGAUGCGAGUUUAGGCUUUCUGAUCUACUUCGACAAAGCAAUGUCACAAUCUUCUACUGUCGGAACAUCAGCUAUAUCUGAAGUGAUGAAAAACACCAAGGUAAGGCGCUUGAAGGUACUUGAGCUGGGUGCGGGUUGUGGCAUUGUUGGCGUUGCAUUUGCUCAGCUUGUCAAGUGUGACAUGCUUCUUACCGACCUCGAAGAUGCUCAGGAGAUUUUGGGGAGCAACAUCCGGCUUGCUUCACUUGCAGCUGGGUCUACUAUCCAGGCACAAAACUUGGACUGGGAAACAGGCCUUGAUGAUAGCUCCAAUGCGAAUUUCGAUCUCAUUUUGGUUUCGGACUGCAUCUACAAUCCAGAAAGCAGUCUACACUUGGUAAAGACUUUGAGACAACUGGCUCUACGUGCCCCCCACGUGUUGAUAUUAGUCGGCUUUAAGCGGCGACAUGAAGCCGACACAAUCUUCUUCGAACGAAUGCAACAGACUCAGUUUAAGGUGCUAGAAAGCAUCAAUAUCCCGCUUCCCCACCAAAAUACCGACCACGAUCCUGAUAUACCAACUGCAGAAUUUUACACCUACAAAUUAUCUAUAGGAACAACGUGA